AUGAUCCGUUUACAAUCAUAUAGAAAAUCUCUUAGAAUAUUUGAUAGAAAGUUUAGUUUAUUAGCUAAAUCAUUUAAUAAUAAAAUAUUAUUUAAUGUAAGACGUUAUGUUAGUGUUGUUACUGUGAACCCAGCAGACCUUUCGCAAAAUGUAAACUCCGCUGAAAUAAACCGACUUCAAAGACUUCGUAAUAUAGGUAUAAGUGCACAUAUUGACUCAGGAAAAACAACAUUAACUGAACGCGUUCUUUAUUAUACUGGAAGAAUAAAAGCAAUACAUGAGGUUCGAGGAAAAGAUGGUGAAGGAGCAAAAAUGGAUAGCAUGGAAUUAGAAAGAGAGCGCGGUAUUACAAUCCAAUCUGCGGCCACCUAUUGUAAUUGGAAAUGGCAAGAUCAUGGGGAUUAUAAUAUUAACAUUAUUGAUACUCCAGGACAUGUUGACUUUACAAUUGAGGUUGAACGUGCACUAAGGGUUCUUGAUGGUGCCGUUUUAGUUUUAUGUGGUGUUGCAGGUGUUCAAGUGAGUGUUAGUUAUUUUAUUGUCCCUCGCAUAUCAUUUAUUAAUAAAUUAGAUCGAGUUGGUGCAAAUCCAUUCAAUAUAAUUGAACAAAUUCGACAAAAAUUGAGAAUAACCGCGGCUGCUGUACAAAUUCCAAUAGGACUCGAAGACAACUUAAAAGGUGUUGUCGAUUUAGUAAAAUGGCAGGCUGUUUAUAAUGAAGGAAAUCGCGGUGAAAAGGUGGUUGAAAAAGAUAUUCCAGAGGAUCUGAUAGAAUUUUCUAUGAAAAAACGUCAAGAAUUAAUUGAAACUCUUGCAGAUAUAGAUGAUCAAAUUGCAGAAAUUUAUCUAAAUGAAGAGAAUCCUACCUCACAACAAUUAAUGGACGCAAUAAGGCGCGUGACAAUUGCAAACAAGUUUACACCUGUUUUAAUGGGAUCCGCAUUUAAGAAUACUGGGGUACAACGCGUGUUAGAUGCCGUGUGUGCUUAUCUUCCUAAUCCUUCUGAAGUGGAAAAUAGUGCUUUAGAUAUAAAUCGUAAAGAAGCCGUUGUUCCUCUUAUUCCUUAUUCGAAAAAUCCUUUUGUGGGUUUAGCUUUUAAAUUGGAAGAUGGGAGAUUUGGUCAAUUGACAUAUAUAAGAGUUUAUCAAGGAUCUUUAAAAAAAGGUUUUACAGUGACUAAUACCAAGACUUUAAAGAAAGUUAAGAUUCCAAGGCUUGUUCGUAUGCAUUCUAAUGAAAUGGAGGAUGUAAAUGAAGUUGGUGCCGGAGAAAUAUGUGCAAUGUUUGGAGUUGAAUGUUCCUCUGGUGAUACAUUUACCGAUGGCACUAUUGCUUAUACUAUGACAUCAAUGUUUGUUCCAGACCCCGUGAUCUCAUUAGCAAUUAAACCUAAAAUCAAAGAUGCUCCAAAUUUUUCAAAAGCAUUAAAUAAGUUCCAGCGCGAAGAUCCGACAUUUCGUGUAACAUAUGAUUUAGAAAGCAAGGAAACUAUUAUAUCAGGAAUGGGGGAAUUACAUUUAGACAUUUAUAUUGAACGUAUGAGAAGAGAAUAUAAUGUUGAUUGUGUAACUGGCAAACCACAAGUGGCUUUUCGAGAAACUAUAACAUCAAAGUCCAAAUUUGAUUAUACUCAUAAAAAACAAACCGGUGGUGCUGGACAAUAUGGUAAGGUUGUUGGAUAUAUUGAACCUAUGCCUAUUGUUGAAGAUGAAGAAGAACAAUUGACUAGCUUUGAAAAUCGAGUUGUUGGUGGACAUAUUCCAACUCAAUUUAUACCAGCUGUCGAAAAGGGAUUUUAUGAUGCUUUAGAAAAAGGAGGAUUAAUUGGACAUCCAGUAAAAGAUGUUCGAUUUGUUCUUUUAGAUGGACAACAUCACGCAGUAGAUUCUUCCGAAUACGCUUUUCGUUUAGCAGCACAAUAUGCAUUUCGAGAAGCUUUUUUAAAAGCAAAUCCUGUUAUAUUAGAACCUAUAAUGAAUGUAUCAGUGACAUCGCCAAUUGAAUUUCAAGGAACCGUUAUUGGAAAUUUAAAUAAACGCAAAGGGACUAUUUUAGAUACUGAUGUACAUGAAGAUUAUUUUGUAGUUACUGCUGAAGUUUCUCUAAAUAAUAUGUUUGGUUAUUCUAGCGACUUGAGAAGUGCUACACAG